AUGGAAUGUGACUCUGUGCACAGUGUGAUCGAAAGAAAGUUGAGGAACCGAGAUGUACAUGUUCCAGCUGAGUAUGCUGCAGUCAUUCGGGGAGCUCGUUCAAGUCCAAAACCAUACGAGCUGAAGCAUGAGGAGGAGGCUGACAGAUCCAGAGCCAAGCAAUGCCGAACACCUUGCAACCUUCAGUUGGACGGGAAACGCCAGGGCCAGCGCUCAGUAGUGGCCUUGAGUGUCAGUCGCAUCGGCAGGCUGCCGUUCAUUCAAGACACCAUCUCCGGGCACCAUUUCCUGUGUGACACCGGCGAGCAGAGGAGCAUUCUGCCUGCAUCGAGACUCGACUUCCUAGCUGAAGGCCUUAACCCCCACUGCAGGCUACUAACAGCACUCCCAUACAAUGGGCUCAUCUCCAAGAGACGAGCCAUCUCGGCUGCAGAGGCGUGCUCGCAACAGGGUCUUGCAACCAAGUCUCCAUCAACCACAAAGGAGCCAACAGACAAGAAGGAGAGUGCGGGUUCUAGGAGACAGGUACAAAAAGCCAUACAAGCGGCCUUGUGCAACGAGUGCCCAGCUGACGAGUGCUCUGCUCAUGAAGCACACGGGAAUGCUGCACGGAGGCAGGAGAACUGGAGACUGUCCUUGAAGAAAAAACUGGAGGAUUUUGACUUCACCUUACUGCUCGGGGUCUUUCAGUCAAUUUUCGGCCUCACAGAACCACUCUUCCAAGUACUGCAGAGCAAGACGGUGGACAUCAAAAAAUGCCAGGAUCGCAUCAAGAGCACGAUCAGUGCUCUCAAAGCAACACGAACAGAUGAGACGUUCACUGGCAUUUAUGAUGAAGCAGUCCAGGCAGUCGGAGAACCAGUGUCCCGACGUUUUCGUCGUCGUCGCGGCUGGGAUGACCUAGAGCAGGGGUUCAACGAGCAGCGCCGAGAAGGAGAGGAGGACGCUGUGGCAUCUUACAGACGUCUGUACUUCCAGAUUGUGGAUGGCAUAGUAUUGCACAUGACCCAGAGGUUUGCCGAUAUGGAGCACCUGAGCUUUUUCCGCGUACUGGAGCACACAUCCUUUGCAUCUUUCAGCAAGCCUGCUUCAUUUCCCACCAGUGAACUUGCUCAGUUGCUGAAGACGUAUCCCUUCUUUGACGAGCAGAGGUUGAGGAAUGAGCUGCACACGCUGUACAACAACACGUUGUUUCACAAGCCACCUGGAGACUUGCUACAGCUCCUUAUUGAGGAUGACCUACAGGGCACACUCUCCGAGAUCUACAAACUGCUGCAGCUCAUGCUCACAAUACCAGCCACCAGCACAUCAGCAGAGCGCUCGUUUUCCUGUCUGAAAAGGAUCAAAACAUACCUGAGGAACACAUGUGGACAGGACAGACUUGUGAACCUAGCGAAGAUUUACAUUGACUCAGUAGUUGUGGAGGACCUGAAGGCCAAAGGGAAUUUCUAUGACAAAGUUAUGGACCGCUUCGCCACCAUGAAAGACCGGAGAAUGGCCUUCCUCUACAAAUAGGGUCAGUAAAAUACACACCUCCCGUUGCGGCUCUAAUGUUUCCUGAACUUAUGGGGAAAGAAGCAACGGUGAUUGACCGUACUAAACACCUUAUCCAUACUAUGGGUCUGUGAAAUGCUAAUGAAAUCAAAUGUAUUUAUUAAGCACAUUUAAUAGUGUGCAAUUAUUUAUUUAUGUUUUUGUUAUAAUGCCCACCGUUUUUAUUUGUAUGCCCACCGUUAUUUUUUAUUUCUUUUGAGGAUGGACACUGGGGUUUCAGUGGCCCUCACAACCCCCACCACCCCCCCUUCCCGUGA